UAAAUAACUUUCAUUCUUGUUUUGCCGCCUUGUCUUCGCGGCUGGUUCAUGCGUUUUCUGAUGGUUUAUCUUCACAUACCUGCGUAAAACAAAGUAUGUUUGUGUAACCAAAUGCGCUAGUUUUUCUCAUAGGUGCAGCGCCAUUUACGUUGCUGCCUAGUUGAGUAUCUUGCAAUAUGGCUGCAGUUUACUUAAGGUCCGUUUUCCAGUAUGUCUACAAGCGCAAAUUUCUCCGACUCGGCGUACCGUUCAUGGUUUUCAUGGUUGGUGGAUCUAUAGGCCUCAAGCAGUUUACUUCACUACGCUAUGAGUUCAGGAAACAAGAGUUCACGAGAGAGGAUGCUGAAGAAGCUGGCAUCAAAAUGAAGGAACCCGAGGAGGUCUCUAUAGAAGCUGUAUACAAGGAGAUACAGUCCGUUGACAUUGACAACUGGAAGAAUGUUCGUGGGCCCCGGCCGUGGGAGGAGGGCAACGAGUACAACAAGAUUCUCAAAGAGCGUCAAAUGAUGAAGCAGCAGUCCGGAGAGUCCUAGCACCUAGUCUGUAGAAUUGUAGGAAUUAACAUUACGUUGUACAAUUACCUGGUCGCAUUUCAUUGUUGGUAUGAAAUAAAGCGUUUGCUUGUUCUUGUGCA